AGUGUUUGGUUGCAGCUGUUUGCUGCAGAGCUCAGAGCUGCUGUGGACGAGAGGCCAGUUCAUCACUGUUUCUCCAUACAAAGUAGCUCGCUGAACGUUUUCCAGGACAACAACAACAUAGUCAACAGUAACAGAAAGAGCAACCCGACUACUUUGAUGACAAAGUUGACUGAUAGGAGAUGUGUGCCGCCGUGUAUGUCCUGUCAACGGUAACGGGCUAUGUGCUCACCUCUGCCCUGCUGCUAAAAUGUCCAAAUCUUAUACACCGGAGGAAACGAGGAGCGUUCCUCAGCAAGCACAUUUCACAUCGUGGAGGGGCAGGUGAAAACCUGGAAAACACGAUGGCAGCUUUCAAACAUGCUGUGGAUCUCGGCACAGACAUGCUGGAGUUGGACUGUCACAUAACUAAAGAUGAACAGGUAGUGGUUUCACAUGACGGCAACUUGGAGAGGGCUUGUGGCAUCAACGCCAACAUUUCUGACAUGUGCUAUGCAGAACUCCCUCCAUACCUCUGCAAGCUGGGCGUAACUUUUCAGAGAGAGUGUUUCUGUGAGGGAGGAGAAGACAAACGCAUGCCUCUCCUUCGGGACAUUUUUGAUGCUUUUCCUAAUACCCCUGUCAACAUUGACAUCAAGGUCAACAAUGACACACUCAUCAAGAAGGUCUCUGAGCUGGUUGUUAAAUAUGACAGAGAGCAUCUGACUGUGUGGGGCAACGCCAGAAACCAGAUUGUCAAAAAGUGUUACAAAGAGAACCCUCAAAUUCCAGUGUUGUUCAGCCUUCCCAGAGUACUGCAACUGCUAGGCCUCUUCUACACCGGCCUGCUGCCCUUUGUUCCCCUCAAGGAGCAGUUCCUGGAGAUCCCAAUGCCCUCCAUUAUAACUAAACUAAGGGAUCCUGACAGAUUAACUAGGGGUCAACGAAUCAUCACCUGGCUGGCAGACACUUUGCUGAUGAGGAAAGCUCUGUUUGAGCAUUUAACUGCCAGGGGAAUACAGGUGUACAUUUGGGUGCUGAACGACGACGAGGACUUCCAGAGGGCAUUUGACUUGGGAGCCACAGGAGUUAUGACAGAUUUUCCCACCAGGCUUAAAGACUUCAUGGACAGGAAUGGCAUUUCUAAGCCAGAGUGACCUGCCAAAUCUACCUCGCCCCGCCUCACCAGUGAUUAUCCUUCAAGCUGACUGACCUGCCAAACCAGCCCCCCACAUGAACCCACUUUUACUGCAUGCAUUCCAGCAGGGCUCCUCUCACACUGUGUUUUACAAUUAGUCAGGAUCUCCAACACGCUCUGCACCCACAGCAUUAUUUGAGGCUCCAGUUGUUGUACUUCUGUUGGCAAUACAAACUUUUUCUGCUCUUUCAGUCACAUAAACAACCCACAACGGUACCUGCUAGAGAAUAUUAUCCUUUUUGAGUUGUGCUCCGUGUUCCCACGCUCCACAAACCUGCGCACAAACACACACACACACACACACACACAACAAUACUCAUAUUGCACACUCAUUUAAAACCAUACAAUAUUUUUAAGUAUAUCUAAAAAAAAAAAGAAAUGGGACAAAAUAGCCAUUGAAAUAUUGCGCUUGCUAGUCUUAUGGGUCUUGAAUUUCAUAAUAGAUUCACAACUUUUUUUUUAAAUAGAUGUUUACUUAUGUAAAGACUUUAGCUUUUUUAAUGCUGUUAAAGUCACAGUUUGCAGUAUUACCACAUCAUGAUUCAAAUAUUGUACUUGUAAAAAUAUCCGCAGAUGCAGCUUGAUGUUGGCAUAUUGCUUUUCCCUUUUUCUUGUUACCAGAUCGUCACUUGGCACAUGCAAUAAUAGACUUGUGAGAUGUUUUUAUAUGUGCCAGAUGCCGCCAAACCUUUCCUAUUCUUCUUAAAUAACAGAGCACACACCAAACCUCAACUCAACUGAGUUUAAAAAGAGCAGUGUGACAGCUUAAGUGGGCAGCGCCACUGUUCCACAUCUACAGGACGUUUAAGCAGAAGCAGUUUCAGCUCACCUGUGCACUGUACUGCAAUAACCACUGUUUCUGUAUGCUGUGUCGUAUGUUUACUUGUAGUUGCUUAGUAGCUACAGUCCAAGACAUUGUUGGUCCGAUAAUGAAUCCAAGAGAGAAACUUUGCACAAAAAAAAGAAACUUCAUUUUGUUUGUUUUAGUACCCUUGUCCACCUGUGUCUGUGUGAUUAAAACAGCAUUAGGCUUUAUAUUUAGGAAAUAUUAACAUUUUUGAUAUUUAAAGUAUUUGGCAACCCAGUUGAGGCAGUGAUGCAUGUUGAUGGAUCGCUUCACUGUGGUUAAAAUGCAUUAAAGACAGCCCAUUGUCUAGCCAAUUCCACACUGUGGCGGUGUACAGUAUGAAAGAUCCAUAGGAUUAUCAUACCAAUGACGUCCUCUGAUCCAAACCUGUGACCACGCAGUGAGAGUCCGUAAUGAAUGUAGUAUUGGUUGAAUGUACUGUACGUUGUUCAAUAUUUUACAGUCAGAACAGUAUUGCAGUUUCAUAGAUAUUUGUUUAAUAUGAGUGCUGUGACUGAGUUUAAUCUGCACAUGUCAAUCUGAUGUCCGUUGUUUUCCCCAACUGUUCAUUCAAAAUUAUUGUUCUUUGAGAGACUUGAUCAACCAAUCAUAUUUCAGAUAUUGGAAGUAUUUUUAUGACAUUAUCUGUGCUGUGCUGAGUGUACUUUCUUUUUUUGCAUGCCUCUAAAGAAGCUAUUGUAUUUAAACAUGUUGUGAACCAGUUUGUGGGACUUGGUUGUUUGGACUUAUCAAAAUACCUUAUCCCACAUACAAGAUGUCAUAUGAUUUCCUGUGAGUUAAUUAAAAAGUACAUUUUCUUUUGUACCAGUAAACAUAAAUAAAUUGCUAUAUAUAUAUGUAGUGUGUAUGUGUGGUAGAAUACCAGCUUUCUAACGUUGUUUUUGAUCACUUCGAACUAUAAUCAUAUAGUUUCUAUAAUCAAGUAUUUGGUAACCAACCGACAGAAGGUGGCGCUGCAGACUGGACUGACUUCAGGUGUUUUUCAUUUAACGGAAAACUUGAUGAUGCUGAACAUGUUUUGUGACAAUAAAAUCAUCCGCAAAAACGA